AAAAGUUUAUUUAUGACAUUAACAUAGAACAAUGGCAAGUUUAACAUCUGAAGGGGGUUUCCUAAACAGCCUUAAAAAACUACUAAAAAUGCUUAGCACUGAAAAUCCUUGUAUAGAAUAGUUGCUGUGUUUUACUUAUGCAAAUCAGCACUAACGGAUAGUAAUAACCAAUUUAUUGUGAUUUGCAUUAUACUCGUAUAAUACUAAAAUAAAACGCGGCUAGUAUGUUGUCUAAUGGUUAAUCGAAAUAUAUAAUAAAAAGAUUUUAAGACUUCGGCGUAUUAUCAUACCGCAUCCCAAAACAAAACAUUUAUUAAGCAGCCCUGUUUUACAUCGUUAAGAAAAAUAUCGAAAAUUCGAUUAUUAAUCGCAGUGGAUUUCAUCAAGUUUUUUAGUCAUCGAAAUGUAUACACAAACAACUACAACUAGUAAAGAAACGACGACAUUUUACAAAUUUUAUUUUCGGCGUGCAAAGUGCUUUAUUUAAAAAGAAUAAAUUAAGAUUUUAAAUCGAUUUACAAAGUUUCUAGCACCUGCAAUAAGUGGGGUGGGGUGGUUGUUAAAAUAGCCGCCACAGAUACCAAGCCACAAACAAACAACAAAAGUAUCUAAACAAACGUCAUCAAUAUCGCAACAUUGAAACUAUCGCAACAUUGAAAACUGAAACAUACACAAAAAAUACUUUUAAAUAAAUAAAAAUAAAUUUUGAGGGGUAAACUUCCAAAUAUCCGACAUGACAAUGGAAUGGACUAGAGAUAAAACGUUGGCUCUCAUACAGGAAUAUCGCAAACGUCGUGGUCUCUGGGAUAUGACCCAUGAGGAUUAUCGCAAAAAGGAUGUAAAACACAAAUUGCUAGUGGAAGUCAGCGAAUCGCUGGGUGGUAAUACAUCGAUAAUGGAAAUAGAGAAAAAAUUUCAUACUCUACGAACGCAAUACCAUCGCGAGAUUAGUCGAAUGAAGCGCAAGGAACCCUAUAAUUCCAAGUGGUUUGGCUUCCACCGUUUACAAUUUUUGAGUUCUCCUCGGGCCUGCAGAGCCAAUAAGGGGGGUCGCAUCAAGGCAGAAAUAACCGAAGAUGGCACAGUGACCACAAAAUAUAUAAUUAGAGAAGCCAUUCCAACCCAUCACGACACUAGUGUGGGUUCGGCAAACGAAAAUGAAGAAUUCGUUACGGUACAGAGAAGACCCACCACAAUUACAUAUGAGGCAUUACCGACGGGAAAUGCCACUUCCACUUCGUCCAGUAGGUCACAGGAAUUGGAAAAACUCAUUGAAGAGACGACUAAAGAUGUUGAGGAAAUAGAAGAUUCCAAGCCAAAAAUGACAAUCAAAGAACUAUCCAUACCCAUCGAACAUCAACAUCAUGGGGGAGAUAAUUAUACCAAUACAGGAAGCGGCGACUUGCAAAUAACCAAUGUCGAGAGCGAACAUGAGGAUAUACAUCACAUUGAGGAUGAUAGUGAAAAUAUGGACACUAUAAAUAUACAUACAGCUUCCGAUGAGGAAAUUACAUAUCAUCAAACCACCAACAGUGGAGUAGUGUCUUCAGGAAAUAACUCCGCGACCACCACAACAGUACACACUAUACCGGCUCGUAUAAUCAAAAUACAUCGAAGGGAUACGCAUCAUGAUCAAAAUGAGUACUAUGAGCAACAGCAUCAUAUCCCACAACAUCAUCACCAUAGCGGUGUGCCCACAACACAUCACAUACAAACUGUUUCUCCAGGUGGCGCCACCAAACGUAUUUAUUAUGAUGCUUCAGGUCAUCACCAUACCGCCACCAUAUUAACCGCUUCUGCACAACAAACCCAUCAACAGUCCCCAUCGGGCAUGACGAUUUUGAAUACAUCAACAUCGCCGCAAUCUUCAAAAAUUCAUUUACGCAAUAGUUUAAAUUCCACCAUACAAACGUUAGAAUCCUCAACGCCAAUGGCCCCUUCGACGCCUUCUGUACAAGUUUCAAAUGCGGCAAUGCUAUCAACGUCGACUACAAAUAAUACAACACUUAACCCAAGGGACGAAUAUGUCACCUAUGGUGAAUAUGUUGUCAGCGAAAUGCGAAAUAUUACAAACCGAGAAAUUUUAAUAUCUUUAAAGCAUAAAAUCAAUACAGCUCUGUUCGAGGCCAAUAUGCAACAACUUCAAAAGUAAGAAAAUAGACCUGCAGAAUAGAGAGUUAUAUUCAGAAAGUGGGAGAGAGAGACAAAAAUAAAUCAAACUCAGUGAAAUGUAGUAAAGAGGUGAAAUUUAGAUUUCCUUAACGAAUGAAAUCAUUGUAUGGAUCUCUCUUCGAGGUCCUUAUAUAGAGAGCGAUCAUGUUCUGGUGUUCGCAUAUCUACAACUUGAAUGUUUUUAAUUCUUGGAAAUACACGAAAGACCAAAAUAAAACUUCCAUAUAAAAAAGAGGAAAAACAUUUCCUCUCUUUCAAUAAUUAAACUUAAGAAUCGACAAUUUUUUUUGAAAGAUUUUUAAACUACUUAGAUUGAAUCAUUACAACCUUUUAAAUUUUUAAGUAGAUUUGAGAAAUAUCAGAACAUGAAUGCUAUUUUAAACAUUAAAGUUAAACAAUUUUAAAUUACUAAUAAUUGCUCCCAGAUUAUUUUUAGUAGUAUCAUUUACCUAUAUGUUUGUAUGUAUGUAGAUUAUAAUUAGAAUGCAAUGUACUCUUUACCAGUGUAAGGUCAACAAAUCUUGAACACACAUUUCCGUUAAUAUUUUAAGCGGCUUGUACAACAAAGAAUUUAAGAAAUGUCCAUACUAAUUUCACGAUUGAUUUUGCCCUAAAGCUCAUCAAUUAUUAUUAUAUAUAAGGUUUGGAAUUUAUAGAAAAAAGAACAUUUUGUUUUAAUUGCAACAGUUUUGUUU